GCAUCAACUAAAGAUUUCAUAUCUGAAAGUGUCUCAAAAAUCUGGCCACCUGACAACUAUGAUGAUCGAAUAUUCCCGCACAAUAAUACAGGUGUGAAUAGUAUGGACGGAAAAGGCAAUCGAGCAAAUCCAUCCGACCAAUCAGCGCAAACUAAAGAACCAGACGAGUCGUUUUCUGUCAGUUCGCUGUUUCUUCGCUUCAUCAUUGCAUAUCAUUAUGAAGAGUAUCAGAAGCUUGAAAAUGUUUCUCAAGAAAUCAGUUUUGAAGUUUCUGAGUCGAAGACUGACAGGAAAUUGAAACUUUUUGCCCGCAAGAAUGUGAGCAGAGAUACAUUUUCCAAAACUGUGGAUGAGUUCAUUAGCUUUUAUCAUAAUCAAAACCAAAAAAUGCACCAAGAGGUCAUCUCAAUGUUGCCAAAGAAGAAAAAUUGUGUUAUUUUGGAGGCUCGUGCCAAAUUUUCCGUGGUAAUCGAUUCAGCGCAAGACCCGGAUAAAGUAACGAUCUAUGGUGAGAGAGAUAACGUUGAAGAAGCUAAACGUUUUUUAAGAAGUAAGUUUGUAGUUCCUUUACCACGUUAUUUGUGCAGGCCAAAGAGUGGGAUAUGGGCAAAAAUAAGAACAAAUACCAGUAAUCUGCUAUAAUGGAGGUUCAUGUUUUAGUUGCGUUGUUAUAGGUAGGUGGUUUGUAAUGACAAGCCAGUUACGAGUAGUGAAGAAAACUACAGAGGCGUUUCUGCGCUGUGUGCACAUGCGUAAAAAUGUCGAAUUCAUACAACUGUAGAAAAAUUUGCCGCGUGAUUGAGUAUGUAAAACGUAAACAUAAAUUACAAAUUUGUACCCCGGUUAAUUCAAAACACAGGUUCAAACCUGUGUGUCACCAAAAUCCCAACCAGGAUCCCAACCCAUGAAUACGAGCCGUAUGUUUAAAACGUUUUCCACCUUGGUUAAAAUUAUGUUUUAUUAAAGUCCAUUCAACAAUUGCUGGUUUUAACUGGAUGAACAGUUAGAAACACAGAAUGAUUGCAAGUCCGUAACGAAAGGUUUGGAUAUAAGGACUGUAAUUUGAUAUUAACCAUAAUAUACCAGGAAUUUAUAUUCUAAGAAGCAAUACUGAAACAAGUAUUGCUUGGUCAGAAAAUGAUGCUGGAUAACGCAAAUAACAAAACGCGAUGAGUAUUUCCAAGCACCUAUACCCGUUGCAAAAUUGAGCUACAUAGCCUGUAGUAACAAUGACCCAAUAGACAAAGAGAUUUUGAAAGGGCUGGCAAACAGUUUAUAGGUGAGAUGAAAGGAGGACCAGUAUACUGCUUAGGAACCAGGAAUAGGUCAAACAUUUAAAUAUUCUUAAGAAGGGAUUUACAAAAUGAAUGAAUCAAUUUUUAAAUAGAAAAUAUUUAAAUCAUAUAGUAAGUUACACUGCUGCAGAACAACUUUUAAUAAUUAUAAGCUUGGUUUAGAUUUGGCGACGUUAGCGACAAUAAAAUCAUCAUGACACCCGUGACCAAAUGAAAACCAGAUUAUACCAGUAUUACUGAAGUGAUAUGAUUAUGUUGGAAAAAUCCUGCUAGAUAGACUAUUCAAAUCAGCAAACGAAAACAUUCUGUUACGUCUCGAUUCAUUUGAAAAGCCAUAUAAACAACUCGAGCUCGUGUCUCACCGGGAUAUCCAAACACUCAAUGUAUGACAUUGUUUUCUCGUGAUUGGACAUCCCGGUGAAACACUCGCUCUCGUUGUUCAUAUAUUACAUAAAAUAUACACAAAUACUAAAGAAUGUAUUAAGUAAAUUGCCCGCAAGUAAUUUAUGUCCAUCACCUCUUUUAGGUGGAGCUGAAAACGAGAAAGGAAGCCUUUCCUUGAAAUAUUCCCCAAUGAUAAAGAUACAACCUCAAGAGGUUGAUAAAGACGCAGGGACAACAGAAACAAGUUCUUCCAAAGGGGCAAAAGAAGUAAGUUCUUCCGAAGGGACAACAGAAACAAGUUCUUCCAAAGGGGCAAAAGAAGCAAGUUCUUCCAAAGCGACAACAGAAUCAAGUUCUUCAAAAGGCGCAUCAGAAGCAAAUUCUUCAAAAGGGACAACAGAAACAAGUUCUUCCAAAGGGACAAAAGAAGCAAGUACUUCCAAAGGGACAAUAACAGGAGCAAGUUCUUCCAAAGGAGUGAAAGAAGCAAGUUUUUGCAAAGAUGCACCAGAUACAAUUUCUUCCAAAGGAGCAACAGAAACUAAUUCUUCCAAAGGGACAACAGAAGCAAAUAAUUCCAAAGGCGCACCGGAAGUAAGUUCUUCCAAAGGGACAACUCAAGCAAGUUCUUCCAAAGGGGCACCAGAAACAAGUUCUUCCGAAUAUAUCGAAAAGCUGCCAAAGGAUAAAAAGGACGUUCUUUCACAGGCUCCUACCAAGUUUGUGGUUGAUUCAGCUCAGGAUCCCGAUAAAAUAACAAUCUACGGUGAAAGAGAUAAAGUUUAAGAAGCCCAAAGAUUCUUCCAAAGCAAAGUUGGUGUUCUUAAUCCUGACAGCGGUUCAUCAAAAGAGGCAACGGCAAAAGUUGCUUUAACUGAAAAGUUUUCAUCCGAUUUAUCCGAGAAUCUGAAAUUGGUUGUUUACCAAGGUGAUUUAACCAAAGAAACUGUUGAUGCGAUCGUGAAUCCAGCCAAUGAUCACCUUCAACACGGAAGCGGUGCAGCCGGGGCGAUACUUAAAGCUGGGGGAAAAUCAAUUCAAGACGAAAGUGAUUACAUCAUGAGGAAAAGAGGUAAACGUCCUCUUCAGCCAGGAGAAGUGGAGUUAACAGCUGGAGGGCGACUUCCUUGUAAGUUUGUUGUUCACGCAGUUGGUCCUGUCUGGAAUCAUCAUCCACCAUAUACAGCUAUGCAACUAUUGUAUAACGCUGUAAUCAACAGCUUGAGCUUGGCUUGUCAUAAUGGUGCGAGAAGUGUCUCAAUCCCAGCUAUCAGUUCAGGUUUAUAUCAAGUGCCUGUGGAUGUUUGCGCACGAGUUCUGUUCGACGCGGUUGUUUAUUUCGCAAGUAAGGCGAACAAGUCUAGCCCUCUGGAGGAAAUUCACUUUGUCAACACUGAAUCUUCGACAAACCGCACAUUCGUACAAGAAAUGGAGAAUAGAUUUCGCGGUUCUAUCAAGCGAGAUAAGGUCGAAGCGAGUGUCUCAAAAGAUACUAAAGAGCAAGAAAGAGAAAUGCAGAUUGGACGACAAAUGGCUUUUACAACGACCAAGUCUGAAAACAAUUCUGAGUGGGGUCAGACAAAAAAUGCUAACUUCAAGGGCAGCAGUCACAACCUUCACAGUGGUGAAAAUAAAGAUAUAGGUAUGUUGGGGGUGCAUUCCUCGCGGUGGUGAUGGAGGGGGGGUUAAUAAAUAAAUUUGAAAAAUAAUAGCCGUUCAUCAUUAUAUCUGAUUCGGACAUGGCGACAAAUAUCCUCGUAAUUCUCAAUAAUUCGUGAAACUUCGUGAUGGCUUAUUUUUUAUGAAAUGUGGAUUUAGGCGCACUCCUUAGCUUAAUUAUUGUAUUUUUCUUUUUUCUGCUAUCUUCAAUUUCCCAAACUUAGGAGGACGUCUGUCAGAUGAUAAGCGUUCACUUCUCAGCUAUGCAGGAGCAGCCACAGGGAAAAAACCCGAUACAGAUCAUAGUAAGCCAUUUUGUUUUUAAAAAACAGAAAAUAUUGCUUCUGUUUUUAUUCUUGAGUUUCAAUUACGUGAUAUUUUUAGCAUAAUUUGACUCAAGUGGGGGUCAAUCAUUUGUGGUUGGUUCUCUGCGCUUUGAGGUUUUCUCCAUGUUUUAUAGCAUUGUUACUGUAUUCAAGGCAUGCCUCCUGCAUUUAAGUUGCAUUCCUUGAAAUUCAGCGCACAGCGACUAAUUUUGUUUCAAAUAGUAAAUGCUAUUACGUUUUAUUGUAUUUUUGGUUAAUAAGGCAGGAGUAUUAGGGAAUGUAAGCUAAGGGCCAAAGCCAAAGUUUACCAAAGGCAUGUCUUCAAAAUCAAUGAGCACAGUCAUUAACUUUUUCAUGUUUACUUCUCACUUAACAGUUAAGAUCUUCCAGUAAGGGUAGUGUGAUUCGCUGGAAUCCUGAGAAAUUUCCCGGUGAUAUAAAAUUGGUCAUAAUUAAGGAGCAGUUGCAAACUGAUGAUUAAGUAGAACCUUGAAGUGUUAUUUUAUUGGCUUACUUAACGUGUGAAUAAUUACGUCGAAUUAAUUUCAUAGUAAAACAGCACCAAUGGUAGUUAAAUUGCUUUUAUCAGACCACUAUUUCUAGGUAUACAUGGUUUUUGGGAAUUCCAAUCUCAUGCCUGAGUAUAGCUAUAUAGCUAUUUCAAUUAAGGUUGUCCACGAGCAAAGUGGAAAAGUCGAAUACGAGCGCGAAAGGCUGCUGGGAAUCGCUAACAAAUUAAUGAAUUUUCAAAGCGGUUCCCAGCAGCCUUUCGCGCUCGUAUUCGACUUUUCCGCUUUGCUCGUGGACAACCUUAGGCCUGUUCUAAACGUCGCAUUUUACAUGUGCCGAAUGCAUUCAAAACAAUAGAUAAUCAGCUGAAAUGCCUCAUUAUCCAUUGUUUUGAAUGUAUUCGGCGCAUGUAAAAUGCGACGUUUAGAACAGGCUUUAAUUGAAAUAGCUGUGUGUUCUCAUAUUUUUCAUCUGAAACAGAACUAAAUUUUCCAAGAUGCUUCUUAGCAUCGGAAGUGAUGGAUUGAUAUUUUAAUAAAUCCUUGUGUUGUCCUCCUGUCUUGGGGGAGAGGCGUUUUGUACAAAGAAUACCCAUGGGGAGCGAGAGGAAAUGAAGCAUGAGGGUAUCCCGGGGUUGUACCCUCAGGGAUGGCCGAUGAUAGGUGCAUAAUAUGUAAGGAAUGGUGGCCUUAUUUUGUUAGUCACAUAAGCAUUUCAAUAACUGAAGUAGAAGUUCUGUAGAACAUCUAUAAUCCUUUGAAAGGUAGUUUGAAAUCACUUUCAUGUUUAAAAAUCAGGGUUUAAUUUCAAGUACCUUUCAUUUUGGCCUUAUUCUAAAAAUUGCCACCAUAAGUUUCAUAGCAAAAUUAUGUGCAAAAAUUUUCUUCCCUCAGGUCUAGGCGAAUUCAAGAUUACAUAAAUCUUCCAACUCUAUCACCUGCAUGGCCUCAUUGUUUUCUGUUCAACACAUCACAUCACAUCAAAAUAUCAUCCACACAAUUUUGUUCCUGUGCAUAUCUUUGUAUUUCUGUCUUUGUCAGACUAUUAGUUAUCUGUUUUACCAUAACAAGAUCUUUUUGCAUUAAUCGCUGAAUCCACAAUGCCGUAAAAACAGUUUUAAUUAAAAGAACGUAAACCUAUUCAUACUGGUAAAAUACACAGCAGCUUUGACUUUUUUGGUAAAAUGCUUGAAUUUUCCUCAACAAUUAGGGUUAUUUAUGGAUAAUCUGGGUAACAAUUGAGCAGCAAUUAAUAUUCUAUUUCGUGCCGAAACCUAUACUCGCCUGUGGACAGGUGUCCCAGUGAGUAAUGAGUUCUCCGACUACUAUAAACGCCAAUAUAAAAGACCCUUGACCGCCAAGUGACGUCAUAGAAAACCAAAAAUAUACCUGCAGUUUAGAAAAACCACAGUGGCCUGAUCAAAAGCUAUGACUGCAUAUAUAUAACUGUUGCCUGGAUCACCUGGCUAAUUCUAACCAGUCGCGGACACAGUCGCGGGCGAGAAAUAUGCCGGAUGGGGAAAUUUAGCUUGCCACCUUAUUUACGCCUUUUGUUUCUGGAAAUCUCAGUUCUUUCCUUACGUUUUACCAAAUUUGCUCCACAAUUAACUAUUCAAUUAAUGUUUUCAUGGCUGUAAAUUAUUUGUUACAAUUAUUUGUUACCUUCGUGUCCGCCACUGACUCGGGACCUACAUAUACAUAAUCAUAUGUGGUGAUAAGAAUGACUAAUGGACUACGACGCUUAAAAUAUUUGUUGCAACUUUCGAAAAAUACCUGAAUUAUAUGAAAUUCUUGGGUUUCAAUACGGCAUUUUGUAGUGAAUCUGACGGGGGCCCAACCUCAAAUGUAUUGAUGCUUCUGCUUUACUGGAGUGAAAAAAUGAUGCGUAAUUCCAUGUAUUUGCCACCAAACACAAGGCUAAUACAUAAAACGAACAAUCAACUCAUUCUGAUAACUGUGUUUUGUUUUAGAGUCGACCCACCGUCACUUCUGUGACGUCAUAUGAAACCCAAGAAUAGGGCAAUGUAUUAUCCUAUUUAUUUGUUUACUGUGUCUCAACAUGUAUCUAACACAGUGAUUUAUUUUCAGGUCCAAAACCUGGAGCUGAUGAGAAAACGUCAAAAGACGAUGAAUGUUCCAUUUGUUUAAGUGAAAUUGCUAAAAAGAAAUCUUUGGAUAAAUGUGGCCAUUCAUUUUGUACCAAGUGCAUCAACAAAGCAUUUAAAGUGAAGAAGCAAUGCCCAAUUUGUUACAUGGUGUAUGGUCCCUUCACAGGCAACCAACCGAAAGGAAUUAUGUAUGAUGCUUAUCUGUCGAUACCUCUUCCUGGUUUUAAUUGUAGUGGUAGUCUUGUUAUAUCUUACCGGUUUCCAAAUGGGACCCAAGGCGCAGACCAUCCUAAUCCUGGAAAGCCAUACCAGGGAACAAGCCGAACUGCUUAUCUACCCAACAACCAAGAAGGAAAGAAAGUUCUUAAUCUUUUAAAGAAAGCAUUCAAUCAGAAAUUGACGUUCACAAUCGGGCGGUCAACAACAACUGGAAGAGAUGAUUGUGUUAUAUGGAAUGAUAUUCGUCAUAAAACCUCAAUAUAUGGAGGGCCUACAGAGUAAGUCAAAAAUUGUGUGUACAAAUAUUCACGAUAUUUAUUUGGGGAUAUUUAUUUGUAUGUUAUACGUGCACGUAACACGAACUCCAAACUAAAAUUAGGGGCGGCGCUGAAGAGCGGGUGGGGGUGGUAAACCCCUCAGUUGUCAGGUAGUCGGCAAAACAGUGAAUUUGAUAGGGGAAAAAAGAGUGAAACAGAUUAAAAAAUAAUAAUUAUACCUAAAAUGUGGAGAAAUUUACGAACAUAUGAAGGGAAAAUGAAACAUUAAGGAAGAAUGGUACUGCAUGUAUGUUAAUUUAUAUUUUUACCCCCCCCCCCCCACCCCCGCCAACAAUUUUGGGAUGGGAAAAGAAAUACUUAGUCGGUAAAAUCUGGAGUCGGCAAAAUUUAAUUUAAUGACUCGGCAAAAUUCUCUUACACCCCCUAUUAUAAUAGGUCUAGCGCAGACCCCGACUAUAAUGAGUACAAAGCAACUUGGUUAUAUUGCAUUUUAAGAAUUUUCAUUUUUUAUACACUUCUCAAUCUGCAAACGAACCUAAAAAGCACGUUUAUUCCACCAAAAGAAAAAAAAAUUAUGAACGCUUUUCAUUGGAAAUACAGACCACAGAAAAAAAGGGUUGAAAAUGUUCUUGAGUGAACUUUGUUUUUAUAAUGUAAUGUUAGAUUUAACAAUAGGUAGUAUAAUAAGUAUUAUAUAUUCCAUUUCAGCUUUGGUUAUCCCGAUCCAGAUUACCUGGGGAGAGUUCAAGAUGAACUGGCAGCGAAAGGAAUUACAGAAUAA